UUUCAUUUUCAUCGCAUUCGCUUUCUGUGAAGCCAUUUGUUAUUUUCUUAACAGACAGAUCUUACAACUGUUUGUGAAAAAUUGACAUUUUACAGGUGCUUAGAGAAAGAGAGCAAGAUUUACAUAGUUUUCAGUUUUCUUGCAAAAAGAAAUUUUCUAAAACAGAAAAUUUUAAAAGGAAUUAUGUUAAUUACUAUUUUUUAACGCACAAAUUAAUUAACAACUUAGUGCUAAAUAAAAGUGAUAAUGUGUUUUUAUAAAAAUUUUAGAAAAUUCUCGUUAAACUUUUAGAAAAUUUUUUCUUGCUUAAAUCAACUAAAAAUUAUCCAAAUUACAUAUUAUAUAUUUUUACGGGCUAGUAAAAGUGGUAAUUGUGAUGCUGGAGGAAGAAGUGGAAGAAAAGAUUCUUACCGUGAAUAUUUGCGCAUACAUACGUCUCAUUAAAGAAGAACAGCAACAAUUAUGGCAAAUAAUACUGCGGUCGCCAAAUCACAACAGCAGCAGCAACAACAACAACAACUACAUCAAUGGAAUGCUCAACAAUUAACAUUAACAGUGGUAGGCGUAAUAGAUACCCAGAUAGGUGAGCAUUUGCAAGAUCGUGAAAAUGCUUUAGAAGAAAUACAACAAGCCGUACAAUCAGUUGGAGCAAAUUUUCAACGUGUGCAAUUCGACAAGUUGGAUUUUGGCGAAACGAAAAAAUUGGAAACGUUUUAUAAUGCCGAUGUCGCCAUUAUUGAUUUAAGCAUCCAAACGCAACAACGUUCGUUAUCGUAUCAUUUAGGCGUUAGAGAAUCAUUUAAUAUGAAAGAAAAUAUCUUAAUCUACAACGAUGUUCAUUCAAAACAAACGUUAAGUUUAAAGCUUUCUUUUCCAAAUUACACGUUUCUUUCGUAUAAAUACAAUACGGAGUAUAGUGUUUGUAAUCUGACUAAUUUCAAUAAAGAAUUACCAGCCGAUACAAAGAUACCUACGCUGCAGACCCGCUUAAAACGCUUACUACAAGAUGUGGAAAUUCAAUCCAAAGCUCAUAUGCGCGAGAAAUUCUUAACCGAUUUAAGGCAAGCCCGUGAAACUUAUGCGACCAAUACGAAGAAGUUACAAAACAUUUUACAUGAAAUGCGUAAACGUUUAGAUGAUGGUCACGUUUUAUCGGGCGAAGUUGUGCACAGUUUUAUGUAUUCAUUACGCGAUGUCCAGGACUAUGACAGCAUGGUUUGUUUAGUUAAUGAUCUAAAGAAUAUACCGAAUACGCGUAAAUAUGUGGAAACGGGGAAUAUGAGUUUUUUGUACGCGUUCGCUUUGAAUCGUCGCAAUCGUAAAGGUGAUCGUGAGAGAGCAUUGGAAUCCUCGCUUAAAGCUUUGGAACGCAAAGAAAAUCAUUUUCCUGAUAUGUUAUGUCUUUGCGGUCGCAUAUAUAAAGACAUAUUCGUUGAAUCGGAUUAUACCGAUAUGAAUAGUUUGAAAAACGCUAUAAAAUGGUAUCGCCAGAGCUUUGAAGUGCAACCCAAUGAAUAUGCGGGUAUUAAUUUAGCCACGUUGCUGGUGAUCGAUGGUAAAGAGUUUGCGAACACCGAGGAAUUGCAACAUAUCGGCAUGACUUUGAAUAACCUAAUAGGGAAAAAGGGUAGUUUGUCAUCUUUAACGGAAUAUUGGGAUGUGGCAACAUUCUUUGAAAUAUCUGUACUCGCCGAAGAUUACGCUAAAGCGAUUAAAGCCGCCGAAUGCAUGUUUAAAUUGAAGCCACCCAAUUGGUAUCUGAAAUCGACUAUAGGUAAUAUAAGUCUGAUUCAUCGGUUCCGUAAGAAGGCCGAUGAUCAUCAACCCACCAUAGAAGAGCAAAUAUUUCAAUUUUGGAUGGAUUUCUUUCUGGAUGCCACCGAUAGUAGUAAAAUCAGUAGUAUACGCUUUCCAAUAUUGAUUUUGGAACCGCAAAAAAUCUAUAUGCCUAGUUAUGUUAAUAUUAAUAUGGAUGCCGAAGAGAAGUCCAUACAAAUUGUUAAUAUAUGUUUAGCUCAUUCGAAACACGAAUGCAAAAAAGUUCAUGAUUUUGUUUUCACUGCCUCGCAGAUCAAAUCUGUAAGCCUAUAUAAACGGGAUGAUCGUUGCGCCUAUCUUUAUGUUCAUCAUAAUUCAGAUGAUUUUCAAAUUUACUUCCCUUCGACGGAAUGUCGUCAGCGUUUCUAUGAAUUGAUAUUGGAAAUGGCUGCCGACCAGGAGGUGUUCGUUAAUCUAAGCGAAGAAGAACUGCCACAGAUUGAGUAUGAAUAUGAUUACGAUGAUCAAAAUCGGCAGAUUGUAUUGGGUAAGGGCACGUACGGAACAGUUUAUGCUGCUCGGGAUAAACAGACUCAGGUGCGAAUAGCUAUAAAAGAAGUUCCCGAAAAGAAUUCGCAAGAUGUUCAACCUUUACAUGAAGAAAUCAAAUUGCACUCACAGCUACGGCAUCGUAACAUUGUAAGGUAUCUCGGCUCGCUCUCAGAAGAUGGCUUUUUCAAAAUUUUCAUGGAGCAAGUACCCGGUGGUUCCUUAUCCGAUCUGCUCGAAAAGAAAUGGGGUCCUCUUAAGGACAAUGAAUCGACCAUAGCUUUUUAUUCUAAACAAAUUUUAGAAGGUCUUAAGUACCUGCACGAACAAAAAAUAGUUCAUCGCGAUAUUAAGGGUGAUAACGUUUUGGUUAACACUUACAGCGGCGUAGUGAAAAUAUCUGAUUUCGGUACAUCGAAACGUUUAGCUGGAAUUAAUCCUAUGGUUUCCACAUUUACCGGCACGUUACAGUAUAUGGCUCCUGAAGUGAUUGAUCUUGGUUUUCGUGGUUACGGUCCGGCUGCUGAUAUUUGGUCUUUUGGUUGCACCAAUGUUGAAAUGGCUACCGGUAAAAGACCAUUUGUCGAAUUGGGUUCAGCUCAAGCGGCUAUGUUUAAAGUAGGAUAUUAUAAAACACAUCCAACUAUACCGGAUGAAUUAUCAUCUGCAGCGAAAAAUUUCAUUCUACGUUGUUUCACAAUCGAAGAAUCGGAGAGACCCACAGCUGCUCAGCUGUUAGAAGAUCCAUUUCUAUCUGACAAACAUCGUAAGCUAAGACUUGGACCGCCGACUAGUUCGGAUUUUGGUCGCAGUAUUUCAGUGCCAGCUGAUCGCUUAGUAACUAAAUCCCGUAGCAAUAAUACACCGACCACACCCGAAAUCGAAGGACCACAUUCGACAUCAGUGGAUAUUGAAAAUCUACCCAGUCAUCAGUCAUUCAAUAUGGAACGACGGAACUCAUCAGGUACUUUACUUUCGCCCGAAAUUGAAGUUUCUACCCCAUCGCUGCGGACUAGUGCAAGUUCCGAAACAAGUGAAACCAAUGAUUUUUACCACUUGAAAAAGGAAUCUCAGCGUCGCACUACGCUGUCGAAAGUUCUAACCACAGAUGAAUGUAAAAUUUGUGAAAUUUGGUUGGAGAAAUUGCAAAACGAGCAUAAUAAUAUCGUAGCGAUAACUAAAACUGAUUUACAAAAACUUUUGCAUGGUAUACGUGAAUAUAUAAUGAAUGAAAAGGAAAAGCACUUGGAGGCAUGCAUUAAUAGUUUAAAGGAACAAUUGAAUUACGAUGCAGCUGCAUUGGAUCAUUUACAUUUGGCUUUAUAUUCAUUUCAAGAUGCCGUUAUAUCGGUAUUAAGAAUGCAUUCAAUUAAACCUCAUUGGAUGUUUGCUUUAGAUAAUUUGGUUAAGCAGGCGGUACAAGCGUGCGUAAUGAUUUUAUCGCCAGAAUUGGGAGCAAAUUUAUUGGGCAAAGAUGCCUCGCUGAUAGACGAUGAAAGUGUGCACAAUCAACAACAAACCUCUACGGACAGUCAAGAGAAGGUUGGCGUUUACGGGGAAAGCGGUGGUGUUGCGGGCGGUAGUGGUGCGAUUAUUGGCGGCGGUCAAAGUGCUAGCACUAGUGCUGCGACUAAUGAUGAAGAUAGCAAUUCCAGCUUUAAUGCCACCGAAUGCGUAAAACUCUUGAAGGAUAUACGCGAAUCGAAUCGGAAAUUUCAUCAUCAACAUUUGGAACAUCAAAAGCAAAGCCUAAAAACUUUGCAAAAUAUCAACAGAGAAUUGACAGACUUUUAUGUAUGUCGCAAGCGCACGAAACGCAUUAAAUUUAGAGCAAUAAAAAAUAAAAAAUCAAAUCGUCUUUAUAAGUUGAAAAUGGAAAGGCGAUCGAGAUCGUUAAGCAAUUGCAAUGGUUUAGAAGAAGUGGAUGAACAACUUGAAGAGUGGCUAACGCAACAUGAUAUUGAUGAGAUAUCUAAGAGUAUUAUACUGAAUGAAGGCUUCUCUUACGACGAUUUCAUCUACAAUAUGGAAAAAUUAGAUUUAAUGCGUUUGGAAUUGAGGCUGGGCGUUGAAGUACGUUUAUGGUGUUUAAUUACUCAACAACGGUCUAGAAAUCUAACUGUAAACUCAAACAGCACUAAUAACGAUUUAGUGAACAUCAAUUGUAAUAAUUUAAAUAAUAACAACAAUAACAAUAGUCCUUUAAAUCCAGUGGCCUUAAAUCAUAGAAAUCACUUUAGCUGCCAGAGACGUAGUAGUCAACGACGUUGUGACAGUGAAUAUGAUUCAUGUAGUGAAUAAGUAAAAAAAGUUUUCAUGUUAAAAAAGCUCUCCUUCCUAGUGUUCGUUCGUUAAAUAAAAAAUUAAAAAUUUGUUAUUAUUGUUAAUUGAAAAUUGUUUCUUCCUCAUACGUGAUGUCUAACUUAGUAUUUUAAGGCUUUUUAUACUAUAUAAUAUUUGUAUGCU